AUGAAUUUGGCCAUGCACAUUGAUUCAUUCGAACAACUAACAACCCGAAUCGGAUGUUUACCAUUGAAGAGGUGUGGAUCAACACCAGCUUUGAGGAUCCUAGUCGUCUACGCAUCAACAUCAAUCCAUGGCAAAGAGCAAGACGAAGCGUUCUAUAUAGCAACCCGAAUCGGGGUAAAGAGAUGUGAAUUAAUUCACUAUAUUCUUGAUGAGCCAACAAGAGACGUUGCUUUAUUCCCUAUUGACGGAAAGAUGACGUUUCGGCGGAUUUCGCCCUCUUCAGAGGAUGGAAAAGUCAAGUUGGGUGCAAUCUACGAAGCCGAAACCUCUAACCAAACAGAGAAGACGCUAGACCAAGAUUUCAAUCAAGUUGAAAACAAAAUAGCACCUUGUCGUUUUCAAGGCUUUCUAUGA